AUGCUCCGUUCACCGCAUAGGCUUCUUUCCGAGCCGUGGAUGUUUCCAAAGGAAUGGGUCCAGAAGAUGGGUGGUGAGUCCUGCGACGACUGCUCUAAAUGUGCAGCUAGCGAAUUUGAUUUGGUGAAAAAGCUGGGCCAAACGCGCGCUGAUAAGGUUUUUGCCGAGCACUGGUCCACCUGGUUCACACAAAAGGACGUAGACGACAUUGCUGCUGCUGGCCUGAAUACCGUCCGCAUUCCUAUAGGCUAUUGGAUUAUCGAAGACCUUGUGGACCGCAAGACGGAGUUCUACGCAAGUUCAACGGGCGGACUUGAGUUUUUGAAAAAUGGCCUCCGCAUGCUAAAAGAAAAGGGCAUUCACGUUAUGCUCGAUUUCCACGCCAUGCCAGGAGUUUCUUCCGCCAACCAAAUGUUCGCCGGACGCUGCACUAGCGACGUCCGAUUCUACACCGACAAAAACUACGAACGGGCAUUGACGUGGGCAGCUGUUAUGACCGAGAUGGUUUACCGGGAUCCCGAUUUUAGCACCGUUUUUGCCAUCGAGGCGAUCAAUGAGCCCAUUAUGGACGCUUCCAAGACUCCUGGAUACGGAAACUAUCAAAAACGGUUCGUUGAGGUUGUUCGAUCAGUUGAGAGUAAAUUUGGGGUAUCGUGUCCGGGUGUCGACCGAGGCAGAAUCGUUUCUGAUCCCCUUUCUUUGGCGGCUGACAAGGUCGUCGUGAGGGUACUCGAGAAGGCAAUCAGUAUCCUCAACAAAACGGCCGACAAACCUGGUUUGGAGUUACUUUAUCCAUCAACGCACAUCAAUAGCACCCUCAACUUGGGUGGUGUGGAAAUAUCUGCAAUACGUCAAGGACAUGGUGCCGGGCGACUUCCAUUGCCCAUGAGUGCCGUCACCCAAUCGAUACCUGUAAAACGCUCGAUCGACGAUCAUAUUGUACCCCAUGAACCAGGAUCGGAGCGAUACAAUACACGUAGACGUCAACCCCCCAAGCCUGCCGGCCCAGGAAUUGUUAGAAAAGUUGCGGACCGUACUUGCUUGAUGACCACGUUUAUGAACAAGGACUGGCAGUAUAAUAACCCUCCGAAUCCGACCGCUGCUGCCAAUGGCCCUCAGCUUUACGACGCUCAUUUGUAUUUCUCUUUCGGAGGCGUUGCGGAUCCCAGUCCUGAUUCUUAUAUGCAAACUAUCUGCAAUACGGACCGCGUCAAAAAUGCUUAUGCGGAUAACAAUAAUCCGCUAGUCUUUGGCGAAUGGUCACUUGCGACAAACUUUGAUGCUUCGGAAGAUUUUAUUCGCGACUGGGCGGACGCUCAGAGAUACAUCUACGCCGGCCAAGCUGACGGUUGGAUCUUUUGGAGCCACAAGAUUGAGCAAGGUUCGCCCUAUAUUCCGUAUUGGUCAUACUUCUCGGCUCUCAAGGCGGGGUACUUUAAGAAGGAUCCGAGUCGACUUGCUAAUCCCAAUGUAUGCAAGUCGUGGAUUGCGAACAGGACUUCGACUACGGUUUAG